GUCGAUUCAAUAACUUUACAAUUUUACAGACAUAUCCAUUAAAAUCAAACGAGGUCACAAGAUUGAUUUUCUAAAAAAAUCUAAUGCACUUACAUCCCGCCAAAACAAGAUUAACGAAAAAAAUUAAGGAAAAAAGCAGCUUGUGCUACGGCCUACGGAGUAAAAUGCAAGGACAAAGGAGGAGUGAGAGAGUGAAAUAAUGACCAAUUACCCCUUUUCAGUUAGUUUUCCCCCAAAUUGAAAAGAAAAAUGCAACCUAAAUCCAAAACCAAACGUCUCGAAAACCUACGAAAACCCCCCAUUUUCAUUCCCUCUUCUUCUACUUCUACUACAUCUUCUUCACUCCCCCAUUUCCCAAAUCCAAAUCAAAUUCACCCCUUUUUCUCACUCGGAUCCCAAGUCGAAGUUACUUCCGACGAAGAAGGUUUCAAGGGUGCCUGGUAUUCUGCUACUGUCAUUCAACCUCCUCAAUCAAAGCAGAAACAAGAACAGAUUUUUGUCGAGUACAAGAAUUUAUUGUCCGAUGAAAAUGGUUCUUCCCUUUUGAAGGAAUUUGUUGAUUCCGAAUUCGUAAGACCUAAACCUCCUGUUGAUGAGAAUGAUAAGGUUUCUUUCGAUUUAGACGACGUUGUUGAUGCGUUUUAUCAAGAUGGAUGGUGGUGUGGUGUUGUCACUUGUAUUGUUUCGCAAAAUAGGUACAGAGUUUUCUUCUCCAGUCCGCCUGAUGAGAUAGAAUUUGAUGCUCCUGAUCUUAGGAUUCAUAAGAAUUGGGUCCAUGGCAUCUGGGUUCUCCCUCAAAAGCAGAUUCUAAAUUUUUUGAUGGAAGAGGGCUCUUUGACAAAUUCCUUAGGACGAGAUCUAUCUUUCUUCGUCCCCCACCCCAAGCUGGUCAUGGAUAUUUGGAGCACUGAUUUAGUUUCUAGUCAGAAAGUGUUAGGGGAUCACAAUAGAAUGAGGGAUUUGAAUUUUAGCCCAGGAACAGCUGUAGAAGUGAACAUUGAUCCAGAUAGUCCGUGUGAUGUUUGGUUCCCUGCAACUUUCAUUAAACAAGCUGCUAAUAACUUGUUCUUGGUGGAGUAUCAAAGCUCAAAAAAAGUCGGACUUCAAAAAGUAGCUGUAGAUUCUGAUCAUAUUAGACCUUCACCUCCUAGUUCGAGUAACAAAGCUUUCAAUUUACUGGAGAAAGUGGACGCAUUUUACGAUUAUCGUUGGUUGAGUGGGGUGGUGACCAAAAUUCUUGCAGACGGAAGGUACAUAGUUUACUUUAAGCGAACAAAAAAGGAAAAGGAACUGUCUCAUGCAGAUUUGAGGCUCCACAUGGAGUGGAGUAGUGGCAAGUGGAUUCAUUCUUCCCAGGAUUCCUCAAUGACGUCAAAUUCUGAAAAGCGUUCAAACUAUAUUGUUAAUGGUGGUAACAAGGAGAAGACUCGCGCCCCUUCUGAAAGUGCUGGCUCGGAUAAACAUUUUAUCAUUAAUCUUAGGAGUUGUCAGAAAGAGUUGACGCCUGGCAAUGAAAAGGCCAAUUACAGCAGCGCAGCACCUAGCAGUAAAAAAACUAAACAGACAAGUGCUAAUGGCAAUGCUAGUUAUCCCAGACCUUCAAGAAAAUCGAAUGAUGAAUCUGCAUCUGAUGUGCCAUUAUCUCCUGAAACAUGCAAAUCAAAAACGCAACAAAUGGAGGGAUCAAGUAAUGUGACUUCAGUAGAUUUUGAUUCCCCGGCACCUGGUCAUCCUGAGCAUUCUAAUUUGAAACAAUUUGAAGACAUCAGUCAGCCUUCUUAUCCUACUGAGAUGAAGGUGGACCAUGAGAAACAAUCUGCCUUGAGAAAGAGAGGAAGACCAAGAGUACGACCUUUACUGUCAGGGGAUGCUGUUGGAGAUACUAUCGACCAAACCCCAAAUACAAGUGACGUGAUGAAACCAUUUGGACCUAUAGUCAUAGGGCUGACGCAUAAUGGCAAGAUGAUUGACACACUAGGUGAAAGUUCAAGUCAGCAAUUGAUAUUGGGGCAUAAAAAGGCUGUAGAUGAUGAAGAGAAAAACGUGGAUUCUUCAGCAGAUCAUGAAAGCGUAGUAAGCAAUGGGAGUGAGCAACAGAAAGAAGGUGAAGUCACCAAUCAGAAGAGGAAGAGAGGCCGGCCACCUAAAGUGCUGUUUCGGCUUGGUAGUCCACAGACUAAAGAAGCAGUGCCAAAAUUUGUGGAAGAGGAGAAGAAAGAUGAAGCUUCUGAUGCCAAAGAUGACGAUGAAAGACACUUUCCAACAAAUGAAGUUGAGAAGCUUGUUACUAUUGUUGACCCUUCUGGGAAUAGCGACUCUGCACCUACUGAUUUUCAUGAUAAAAGCGUGAGGAAAUUUACAGAUCAAAUUAAGUUACUAAGUGACAUACGUAGGCUGAGUACUAGAAGUACUUUAAAAAAGCAAGGGAGAAAACAAAGGAAAGUCCCAACAGAAUCAAUCAUGGUGGAUUCAGAUGAACCUGUCAAACCUGUUGCUUUGAGGACUGUAUUGAGGAAAGGAAGGAAACAGAAACCAACCAAACUGGUUGAUCCUCAAAGAGAAGAUGUUGUAGAUAAUUCAGGAAUCAAAGCAAUUGAGGUUUAUAACAAUGUACCUAGAGAGUCUGACAAAGCUGUUGCUGGAACCUCCAGCAAUGCUUCUGAUGAUGAUAGGCCAUUAUCAGCCUGGUUUGAAGGAGCACAUUCUCCCACAACUGAUGCAAGAAUCCCUCCGGGUGGGACUGCUAAUGAAUCUGGUGAGAGUGGAGAUAGAGGAGAAGAAUUGAAGACAACACCUGUUGGUCUCCGUGAAGAGAAUGAACAAGAUAAUAGGUGCACUUCAGCUGAAAAUGUCAGCCAAGAGCAAUACAAGAAUUUCGAAAUGCCAAUACAAUCACAAUCCACUGCAAUUGUGCCUGUGGAAAGUCGAGACUUGCCCUUUGUAAAGAAUUCCCUUAUCUGGGAGAUGAUAGAGAACAUGGAAGUUUUGAAGCGAAUUCCUCAAAAGCCGCAUUUCCUCCCUUUGUAUAAUUGCAAGGAAGAAUGUCGUGAAGGAUUAGCCAUAGGCAGUAUGGUAACUUUCACCAGUUUAGUGGAGAGAAUUUCAAAGUCUCUUUUUAGUGAACCCAAAAGCCUCUUGGAUGGGUAUCUGGAAGCUCUUGUUGACUUGGAAGAACUAGGGUUUAAUGUAGCACCGGUGAGAGAGCAAUUAAACAAGAUGAUAACCAUAAAAGGCAAGUACGAGCAUGCUCAAAAUACGUCUAAAGAGAUUGAGAGUCAGAUCAUGGAGCGUAAUUUUGAGAAGUCACAAAUCAACGAGGAGGUUGCAGAGUUUGAUAAGAAGAUUGCAGAACUAAAGGAGAAACGGGCCUUAGUAGUUUCAAAGAAAGAGAGAAAGGAUGCUGAGAUUGCAUUGCUGCAGACGAGUGUGGAUGCUGUCAAGGGUGCCCUUGCAAACGCUGAAGAGGAGUUUGAGAAAGUAACUACCUCACUUUGGUAAACAUUGUUCGCUUGUAUACAUCUUUGUAACUCUUGUGUGUACAGAGCAUUAGCGGGUCUAGCUUGUAGUGCUAGAAUCUGAGUAGGUCUAGGAAGUAGUGAAAGACAGGAAAAAGAAAAAGGAGAGGGUUUCAUCUGUCUUGGCAAACUUGAGGUGGCCAAUGUUAGAAUUGCUCUAUAUGCUGCUGCAAUAUCGCAGUCAGAAUUUGCUGUUUGUAGUGCUGUGACUGCUGUCUACAGGAUCAUCUAUUAUACCUGUUUGUCCUAGACAAAGUUCUAUUGUUACUGCUUAAAUUGAGCAUCCUAGGUUGCAUUGCAUGAACCUGGUGGUUGAAGGCCUAUUCUUAUAA